UAGUAUAAAUAAGGGUAUUGUUUUAGGUUUGUUUUUUGGUUUUUUUUCUCAAGCGUUUAAAACUCUUAUUAAGCAAGUAAAGUUCCCGUUUUUUUUAUUCCCCUAUUAUCUUCCUCUGUUGCUGCUGUUGCUGUGCAGUUUUUUUCUUUUUUUUUCUUCCUUCCUGUUCUAUUUUGGUUUCUGUUAUUAGGCAACAAGGUAUCAGGGAGAUACCUUACAUAAGCGAUAUGCAUUUGAAAAUGUGAGCCCGGUUAUCUAUAUCACUUUUUUUUUGUUUUUUUUUUUUUUAAAUUAAUGAAAUGUUUUUUAUAAUAAAAUUUAUAUAAUAUUUUCUUUUAAAAUAAAAUUGUAUUAAAUGAUUAAAUAGAGCAGUGAAAUUUAUUUUGGGACGAAGGGAUAGUUCUAACAAAUGGUUAGGAAAUGAUAAUAACAUGUCGCUAAGAUAUUUGAGCUUUUGGAGGCAUUGGGGAAGAUCAAGCCCUUAGAAAUCUAAGUGUAAAACAAUAAUGUCCCCAUGAACGCACGUCUUUCGAUCAUUGUACAACAAAAAAACGUGCAACCCAUUCAACCAAUAAUUAAUCUCUCAUAUAUACCCUUGAAUCGUUCCCUUUUCUUCAUUCCCAAUUCGAUCAACAAUCUCCAUUACGGAACCUCGAGUACUCCUCGAUGGUAAACAAUAAAACAGUUGCAUUCGUAGUCGCAAUUGGGUUCAUCUUCUUGAACCUCAGUGGUCAUUGCUAUGGAGCUCUUCAGUUCGGGUUCUACAAUGGUAAGUGUCGAGGUUCAGAUGUUGAAGACAUUGUACGAAAAACAGUCCUCUCCAAGUUCCUAGUCGACAGAACAAUCACCCCAGCUCUCCUUCGCAUGCAGUUCCAUGAUUGCUUUGUUAAUGGGUGUGACGCAUCGAUUUUACUAGACGGAACAAAUUCUGAGAAAACAGCGCCGCCAAAUCUAAGUGUUAGAGGCUACGAUGUCAUUGAUGCUGUAAAAACUGCAGUCGAAAGGGUGUGCCCCGACGUCGUUUCUUGUGCUGAUAUAAUCGUGAUGGCUACAAGAGAUGCCGUGUCCUUGAGUGGAGGAGGUAGAUACAAUGUACAAACAGGAAGAAGGGAUGGACGUGUGUCUCUUGCAAAAGAUGCUCAAAUUCUUCCAUCUCCUUCUUCAUCAGUGUCAAGCGCAAUUCAAGCUUUUGCUACGAAAGGACUCACUGCCACCGACAUGAUCUAUCUUCUUGGUGGUCACACUAUCGGAAUUGCUCAUUGUUCAUUUUUUCAAGAUCGUCUUUAUAAUUUCGAAAACUCUGGUAAACCAGAUCCGACGAUGGAUUUGGCGCUGCUAACGUCUCUUAGGCGUACAUGCCCUCGGAAUGCUACGGUUGAUGGGAAGGCGAACUUGGAUCAGAACUCUUUUAGCUCCGCAGUGGUGGACAAAUCUUUCUAUACCCAAAUAAUGUUGCGAAGGGGAGUUCUCCAAAUUGAUCAAGAAUUGGCAGUGGAUGGUUUGAGUAAGUCCACCGUUGCAGCCAUUGCUGGUUCGUCUGACUUCACCACCAAGUUUGGUCAAGCCAUGGUUAAGUUGGGUGGCACCCAUGUUCUUACGGGAACACAAGGGGAGAUAAGGAAAUCAUGCCGGUCGGUUAAUAGUCAAACUUUGAUGGCUUUAGUUAAUGGGUGAAGGAUUUCAUGGAUUUUAAAUUCAUUUUAUAUGUGUCAUUUUAUUUCAUGACUAUAAAUUAUUUAUAUAUACACAUUUAAUUUGUUAUCUUGGUUAUUUGAAUACUUAUCAAACCCUAUUGCAUUUAUCAUGAUACUAC